AAUAAAGGAGAGUCAAGGAGCCCGGCGUUCCGCAGAAAGGACACUGGAGCUGAGUUUUGGAAAAAGUAAGAGUGAAAAGAGUGACCCAGAAAAAUAACAAAAAAAAGAACAUUCCUGGAAGGAAUCAAGAGAUCGAGUAGAGGCGAAGGUUUGACAAAUAAUAAGAAAAUUCAAGAUCGCAGUGGUGAUGGGGCCUUAAGCUAGUGUGAAGAAUUUCCGGGACUUAGAUAAAUGAGAACAGAAUACAGCGGGGCAAGUAGAUGGAGAUUCUAGGACCCGAGAGUCGCUACUUUUAGCGUGGGAAGCCUGGCUGAAUUCAGGUCGCGGCCAAGAGACAAUAUACCACCAGCUCGCUGCCCCUAUCCAAAGCUCGUACUUGAAAGCCACAUGCACACUCCACCCUUUCGCAUUCACAAGUACUUCUAACCCUACACCGGCACCCGUACAAGGAGGUUUUCCAUGGGCUGACGUCAUCAACACCUUGACAGAGUUGUGCAGAUCCCUUGACCAAGGAUGGAGUGUCGCUCUGGGGUACCAAGUUUCUUAAGCUUCUGAAACUCUAAACUUAGUCUCAUCGUAGUCUUCAGAUAGGUUAGUCGCAAGACGCCCACCUUAGAGGACUGACUAUUGGUCCCGAGCCCGGAGAUUAAUUCAUGACGUCACUGCCCGAGCCUCUCGUCCCCAUUCCUGCGCAGCUCUACUCUAGAACUCUAUGGGCUUCCCCCGUACCGGGACCCUGUGGCCCGGGACGGUCUCCUAUAGAUCUGUCCCUUGUUUGGCUCCCUAAGGGAUCCGGCUAAGGUGCAUGGACUAGGGUCCUGAGUAAUAACGCGUCAGAGUUCCCAGAAAAAAAGUGUCUGCUCCGGAGGACAAUCCUAUCCCUCCGGGAUAUUCAAUUCCCUUCAACAGGGACUCUGGCCACUGGUAGUAAGGAGAUCCGGGGACCUCUGAGGAAAUGGAAAGACCGACUCACUAGCAGUGGCGAACGCGUAGACACCAGGGCGCACAGCUCCAGGCCUGGGGUCCCGCAGGCGCCUCGCACCGCCUAUGUUCGGCCUCGCUCCGCCCACCUCCACCUCGUCCCUCCCUCUCUCCCUCCUCCCGAGGUCUCCUCCUCCUGACUCUUAGGGCGCCGCUAAGUUUCUUAGCUCGGGAUCGCGUCGCGAGCUGUGUACCCGUUGCCCGGUUCUCACGCACAGAUCCCGGGCCUGGCCCUGGGCCCUUCGAGACCAUGCUGUGCGGUAGCUGGAGAAGGAGCCGCCGCUCGCCGGAGGAAUCCCGGGUAUCCGCCCAGGUCGCAGCGCCCCUCGCGUUCCCGCCCUCGCCCGCGUCGUCGGACAGCAGCACCAAAAGGCCUGGGCUACGGGCACUGAAGAAGAUGGGCCUGACGGAGGAUGAGGAUGUCCAAGCCAUGCUGCGGGGCUCCCGGCUCCUCAAGAUCCGCUCACGCACGUGGCACAAGGAGCGGCUGUACCGGCUGCAGGAGGACGGCCUGAGCGUGUGGUUUGAGCGGCGCAUCCGCCGCGCGGCUUCUAAGCACAUCUUCUUCGUGCAGCACAUCGAGGCUGUCCGUGAGGGUCAUCAGUCGGAGGGCCUGCGGCGCUUCGGGGGCGCCUUCGCGCCUGCGUGCUGCCUCACCAUCGCCUUCAAGGGCCGCCGCAAGAACCUGGACCUGGCAGCACCCACUGCGGAGGAGGCACAGCGCUGGGUGCGAGGACUGACCAAGCUGCGGGCACGCCUAGAUGCCAUGAGCCAGCGGGAGCGCCUAGACCACUGGAUCCAUUCCUAUCUGCACCGGGCCGACUCCGACCAAGACAGUAAGAUGAGCUUCAAGGAGAUCAAGAGCCUACUGAGGAUGGUGAACGUGGACAUGAACGACAUGUAUGCUUACCGCCUCUUCAAGGAGUGUGACCAUUCCAACAACGAGCGACUGGAGGGGGCCGAGAUAGAGGCGUUCCUACGGAGGCUGCUGAAGCGGCCUGAGCUGGAGGAGACCUUCCGCCGGUACUCCGGUGAGGACCGGGUGCUGAGUGCCUCCGAGCUGCUGGAGUUCCUGGAAGACCAGGGCGAGGAUGGUGCCACCCUGGCCUGUGCCCAGCAGCUUAUCCAGACUUAUGAGCUCAACGAGACAGCCAAGCAGCACGAAUUGAUGACUCUGGAUGGCUUCAUGAUGUAUCUGUUGUCGCCUGAGGGGGCCGCCCUGAACGUGGCCCACACGUGUGUGUUCCAGGACAUGGGUCAGCCCCUCGCCCACUACUUUAUCUCGUCCUCUCACAAUACCUACCUGACGGACUCUCAGAUCGGAGGGACCAGCAGCACGGAGGCUUACAUUAGGGCCUUUGCCCAGGGAUGCCGCUGUGUGGAACUUGACUGCUGGGAGGGACCAGGAGGGGAACCUGUCAUCUACCAUGGCCACACGUUCACCUCCAAGAUCCUCUUUCGAGAUGUGAUCCAGGCUGUGCGUGACCACGCUUUCACGUCGUCCCCAUAUCCUGUAAUCCUAUCCAUUGAGAACCACUGCGGGCUGGAACAGCAGGCUGUCAUGGCUCGCCACCUUAGAAGCAUCCUGGGAGACAUGCUGGUGACACAGGCCCUGGACUCCCAGAACCCCGAGGAGCUGCCGUCUCCUGAGCAGCUCAAGGGCCGGGUCUUGGUGAAGGGGAAGAAGCUGCCAGCUACUCGGAGUGAGGAUGGUCGAAUUCUGUCAGACAGGGAGGAGGAAGAGGAGGAAGAAGAGGAGGCAGAAGAGGCUUUGGAAGCUGCGGAGCAGAGGAGGCGAGCCAAGCAGAUCUCCCCAGAGCUCUCAGCUCUGGCUGUGUAUUGCUGUGCUACCCGCCUGCGGACCCUGGAGCCCAGUCCUGGCCCGUCUCAGUCUUGCAAGGUUGGCUCCCUCAGCGAGCGCAAGGCCAGGAAGUUUACCAGGGAGGCAGGGACCAGCUUUGUCAGGCACAACACUCAGCAACUGACCCGAGUGUACCCACUGGGGCUGCGGAUGAACUCGGCCAACUAUAAUCCCCAGGAGAUGUGGAACUCCGGCUGUCAGCUGGUGGCUCUGAACUUUCAGACUCCUGGUUAUGAGAUGGACCUCAACACGGGGCGCUUCCUCAUAAACGGGCAAUGUGGCUACGUCCUCAAACCUGCUUCCCUCAGGCAACCCAACACCACCUUUGACCCCGAGUGCCCUGGACCCCCCAGAACUACUCUGACAGUCCAGGUGUUAACGGCCCAGCAGCUACCCAAGCUGAACGUAGAGAAGCCCAACUCCAUCGUGGAUCCUCUGGUGCGUGUGGAGAUCCAUGGGGUGCCUGAAGACUGUGCCCAGAAGGAGACGGACUAUGUGCUCAACAAUGGCUUCAACCCCUGCUGGAAGCAGACUCUGCAGUUCCAACUUCGGGCCCCAGAGCUGGGGCUGGUCAGGUUUGUGGUAGAAGAUUAUGACGCUGCCUCUCCCAAUGACUUUGUGGGCCAGUUUACACUGCCUCUCAGCAGCCUGAAGCAAGGGUACCGCCACAUCCACCUGCUGUCUAAGGAUGGAGCUUCGCUCUCUCCAGCCACGCUCUUCGUGCACAUCCGCAUUCAGAACUCUUGAGGUCGUCACUGACUUAACCCUAAUAUUGGCAGGGGCUGCUGGUGUCGUGGCACGGAGCCCGUUCUGGAGCAAGGGAUCAUGGGAGUCCCAGCCCCUCACACCAGAUCCCUGUCCUGGUCACUGGGUGCUGUGCAUACCUGGGUGCUGGGAGCUGUUUGGUCACUCAGUGAGAGAGGACCAUGAUUGGUGUCCUGUCGAGUGGAUUUCAGGGGCCUCCAGCCUUGGGGCCCUGAGGUGGUCUCAGAGUCCCUGGAAUUCAACUUGAAGAGCAGGACAUGUGUCCCUCUGCCCUCCAGCGGGGCCAUCGUAGCCUCUGUCCCUGCAAAGGGCACUGCCACCCUCACUGCCUCCUUUCAGGGCGAGCAGAGCCUCCUCCCCUGAGGUUUUUCUGGCUUCUCCUUCCCUUCCUGUCUCAGGCAGGUGGGGAGCAGCUGAGCCCUGGGGAAAACCUGGCAGUAGGUUUGUAACUUGUGUCAUAGAAGAGCCCUGGAGAGGGCAGAAGAGUAACUAUUUAAAAAA